GAAGCCGGAGCUUGAGAAGAGAUCCCGCCGGAUGCCAGUUCCGACGCAAAAUGGUCACCGUUGAAAGAGGCUUGAGGAUCCUGUCCUAUGCCUACUUCGCGUACUUCAUGGCGAUUCAACCGUGGCUUUGUUGGUGGCUAUGGGAUUGGAUAUUUCUCAGACCUUUCAUCCUCUACAUCGCAUCGCUGUACCCGAUAAUGUUCAACACCGGUGCUUUCGCCUUGUGCACGGCUGUUUACGUGUUUUUCGAGAAGAGCUUCGGGAAUGAGUACAGGAAACUGUUUGCCCGUUCGAUUCAUUGGGCUUAUCUCCUUCAUGGAAAAUUAGCGUUCGGCUACGAAGUUCAUGGCGGUGAACGACUUCGGACGAAGAAUGCUCUGAUUGUUUACUACCACGGUGUGUUGCCCGUGGACGCGAGUCUCCUGCAUUCUUAUGCAUACGUGAAAUACAGGCGACAUCUCAGUGGCAUCGUGGAUCGAAGUCUUUUCCAAAUCCCUCUGAUAGCCAGCGUGAUGGAUUUCUUCGGUCAACAUUGCUCUCCCGAGAGACUGACGCGCACCUUGAAGAGCGGAGGCAUCGCAUUCGUGGCGCCUGGUGGCGCCUAUGAAGCUUUGAUGAGCCAAGACGGCAAACUAGAAUGGCGCAAUCGCUGCGGAUUCGCGAGAAUCGCUAAAAAGACUGGAGCUGCAGUCAUCCCGAUGUUCACUGUUAAUAUCCAGCAUUUCAUGACCCUCCAUAAAUUCGGGAACCAAGGGAACGAGCUGCUCAAACGAUGGUACCUCUUGUCGCGAGUACCCUUGGCGAUACCAAAGCUUGUGCUGCCGGUGAAAUUGCGUACUUACCUGGGGGAACCCAUGUUUUGCGGAGAAAACGAAACGCCAGAGGCUUUUGCCGCGCGAGUCAGGUCUGCGAUCGAGCUCUUACGAGACACUCACCAACGUCAACCCCCAAGCGUCCUCGCUGCCCUGCUCGAAAGGUGUGGUAUUCGAUGGUGAUCCACGGGACGAGAGACUAGAGCUCAAAACUCUAUGGGGAAAACGCUGAGAUCCUGCUAUGUCAAGCUGAGAGACCUGAACUCACAAGGAAAAGAACUCGAUGGCCAUCCAAUGCGGCCGCAGGUCGAUUUGUUGAAAAUUUCUCCUCUCUCGGAUCUCCCUCCACCCCAUUCUGCUCAUUCAGACUGCCUGUCACCCACAUAUCAUCCUCAUAUGAGCUGGACUCGGAUCUGAUUAUAUACAAGAGAGAGAUGUUUCCCCCGCGACAGCGGGAGUCGGAAAGAUUUGCGUGAAUGAAUCGCGUUGAAGAACGUUACUCCUGAUAG